AUGGAAUACACAAAGGACCAACUGAUCGACUCCCUCCAAAAGCACAAGGUGAACACCAUCACCGAACUGCGCCGCAUCGAGAGGAUCCUCGCGCAAUCCGCCUCCCACGACGUAACUGGGCCCAUGACUAGCGCAUGGCUGCACUACGUCAACUCGAACAACCUCAUCAGUGAACUCCGGGGCCUGACGAGGAGCUAUCCCUUCAGCUCCCAAUGUCUAGAUGAGGCCAAGUGGAUGGUCAUCGGGGAUCCGGCAAGUUCUCGAAGCUGGAAUUACUGCUGGCUGGUUUUGAUGAAGAUUAAGAAUAUGAAUCUAAUCCCCAAACACGCAAGAGCCCUCGCCUCCAACCCUGACAUGUGGGGAGGAAGUAUCCCGUCCGCAGACAAUAUCAACAAGCUCGCCGAUUCAUGCACGAAGGAGUGGACGAGGGCAGUCAACCAGAUGCUGCGCCAUUGGGAGUCUCCUCCUACCGUCACUGGUCGAUGAGGUAGCUCGUAUCCUGCCAGGGGUCCUGAAUUAUUCCCAUGGUGGAAUUUGAAAAAGAACAAGGCCGGUUGGUCCUUAUUUUCAUAGACGCAUGGAAUGGAACAUGAUAUAUGGUAGGUUCAGCGUUUAAUAGAGCUUGUGACUGUUUCAUGUGUUUUGUGGCUUGACUGUUGUUCUUAUUGUCGUCGUUGGCUUAUAAGUUAUGGUAAUAUAUAUCGAUGUUUUCGCUUUCGGG